AAAGCUAGUGAGAAACCGAUAUAAAGGCAACCACCACGAAAUAAAACCUUAGCAACAACGAACAACACAACCUUGAAUCAUGGCCACGAGUUGCUCCUACAUGGUUUCCACCAAAUUGUCGAUGUUGGGUUGGAGUGGAGGAAGAAGAGAAGUGAGAAACCGGAGAAGAGUUUUUGUCUCAGCCCAACAACAGAGCGAUGUUCAGGAAGCAGAGGACGUGAAGGAGAAAGAGCAGGAACAGGUACAGAGAGAGAAAGCGAAGCCAAAAGGAACGAAACCAAGGCCAGUGGAACCUCAGGUGAACGUGAAGAGCAAAAACAUGAUAAGGGAAUAUGGAGGGCAGUGGUUGAGCUGCACCACGCGCCAUGUCAGGAUCUUCGCAGCCUAUAUCGACCCUGUAACUUUUGAGUUCGAUCAAACCCAGAUGGAUAAGCUCACCCUUAUUCUUGAUCCCACCGAUGAGUUUCUGUGGAACCCUGACACCUGCAACAUGGUCUAUUCUUACUUCCAGGAACUCGUUGAUCACUACGAGGGUGCUCCAUUGAACGAUUACACCCUUCGUCUCAUUGGUUCGGACAUUGAGCACUACAUUAGAAAGAUGUUAUACGAUGGACUAAUCAAGUAUAACAUGAAUGCGAGGGUUCUCAAUUUCAGCAUGGGCAAGCCACGGAUCAUGUUCGACAAUGAAAUCAAACCUCAAGUUUCAAUGGACAAAUGAUUUCUGAAUACACCAACAAAAGUGGUUUGCAUGUGAUUGUUUUGUAAAUUAUCAAAAAGAAACUCUAAUCCAACAUUAGAUGGUUUUCGGAGUUGAGUGAAACUGGUGCGAACCAAAUUAUAGUUACAGAUACAGAGUAUUCUUACUGUCUGUAAUAUACCUUCCGUUCAUCGCUUAUGUUACUAAACUGGUAUAAAUUAUAAUCACUCACUCACCUCUGCUACACAUA